AUGGACAAGCCGUUAUGCCUUUGCUUCCCGUGCAUCCUCAACUACCUGGGCGGCUACGUCUUUCCGAGAUUCGAGCAUCAGUACUAUCCGAUUCUAUCCCAGAAGGGCUUCACCGAGAAAGAACAGGCAGCCAUCGCUGAGGAGUGGUAUUGGGUUGCUGUCGAACGAGAAACUGCCGUCAAAGACUACCUCAAUGGCACCUCGAUCGACGCCUUCGACACCCGCAGCCUCGUCUUCUUCAGGAUCGACUUCGUGAAUGAUGAUGUGACCACGCUGGACCGGAGGAGGAAUGGAAACGAGGUCAAUUUGAGGAAUAUGAGAGGCCAUCGGAUGGAAACUGGACGACUACACGAUCAGUAA